AUGGCGGAGGAGCAGGUAAAAAGAAGGGUAAAUCCGGUUCAUUCAUGACCGUUUCCAUGUUAUAUCGUGAAUCAUUGAAUAAUCUAAUGACAAUGUUAAAUAUGACACAUCCACAUUUCAUUCGUUGUAUUAUCCCGAAUGAGAAGAAACAAUCCGGUUUACUGGAUGCUGCAUUGGUAUUAAAUCAGCUUACAUGUAACGGUGUACUGGAAGGUAUUCGAAUUUGUCGUAAAGGUUUCCCUAACAG